UCUCUCUCUCUCUCUCUCUCUCUCUCUAAAUAUCCAUUCAAACGUGUCCUCUUUCACGUCCCAAACGGAGUAGUGUUUCCUUUUUCUUUCUUUCUUUCACACUUCACUCCCCUUCAUCAAUGGACACUGCCUUGACAGCAGCAAUUAGCAGCAUGACCUCCGCUGUUAACGGCCUCACAACUUCUACCCCACAAAGAAUUACCUUUGGCCCAUCAUGGCCAAUCCCCAGACCCAACAUGCUCGAUCUUUACCCCUCUAAUACCUUCCUUAGUCCCCAGAAAACCUCAAACCCUAACCCUAGAAACAGAGCAAAUCCCCUGUUUCUCACUCACUGCUCCACAAAACCAAACACUGACAGAGAAAAUGCCACAGACAACAAAAAUUCACCUUUCGAGAAACCCAAUUCAAAUCUCCAAGAACCGAGAAAACCCACUUCAAAUCAACCCCUUUCUUCUUCGAAUUCGUCGUUUUCUAGAGGUUUGGUGUUUGAUUUGGGGUUAAAAAGCUCAUGGGACGGUUUUGAAAUUGGGUCUCCUGUUGUGAAAAGGUACCUCAGUGAUGAGAAGGAGAGGUGGUACAUGUGGUAUCAUGGGAGGUCUGAAGGAAACCCAGGUUUGGAUUCGAUCGGUUUGGCUGUUUCAAGCAAUGGGAUUCAUUGGGAGAGGAGCGGUGGUUGGGUAACAUCGAGCGAGGACACAGGUUUGGUGAUGGAUUGCAGUAAAGAUUGGUGGGCGUUUGAUACUCAGAGCAUUAGGCCUUGUGACGUGGUGAUCAUGUCUAGUGCAAAGGUAAGAGCAAAUGCUGUCUAUUGGCUUUACUAUACUGGGUUUAGCUCUGAAAUUGUUGAGUUUUGGGACAAUUCUGUGGAAUUCGGAUUGGAAAACCCCGAAAGGAUUAGGAUUCAAGAUGAUGAGAGUGGUAGAACAAGUAAGGUUUUUAGGUCUUUGCCUGGUUUGGCUAUGAGUCAAGAUGGGAGGCAUUGGGCUAGAAUUGAGGGGGAGCAUCAUACUGGGGCUUUAUUUGAUGUGGGAUCAAAAGGCGAGUGGGAUUCUAUGUUCAUUGCCUCCCCACAAGUUGUUUUUCACAGUAGCGGUGAUCUUAGGAUGUUCUAUCAUUCGUUUGAUGUGGAAAAUGGUGUGUUUGCUCUUGGGGUUGCAAGGUCAAGAGAUGGGAUUAAGUGGGUGAAGUUGGGGAAAAUUAUUGGGGGAGGAGGGAAUGGUGCUUUUGAUGAACUUGGGGUGGUAAAUGCUCGCGUUGUGAGAACUCGAACAGAUGGGAAAUAUGUGAUGGUUUAUGAAGGUGUGGCUGCAGAUGGAGGAAGGAGUAUUGGGCUGGCAAUGUCGACGGAUGGGUUGAAGAAUUGGCAGAGAGUUCAAGGUGAGGCGGUUUUAAAGCCAAGCGAAGAAGAUGGGUGGGAUAGUAUAGGUGUGGGAUCGCCGUGUCUUGUUCAGAUGGACGGGGAUGCAGAUGAAUGGAGGUUGUAUUACAAAGGAAUUGGCAAACGGGGAGAGACAGGAAUUGGGAUGGCGGUGUCUGAAGGUAGUGAGAUUAGAAGUUUCCGAAGGUGGACCGGAUUUCAUCUAUAGGACAAAUCUAGCGCGGCUUCUUGUUUUCAAUGACAUUUUUUAAUUGGUUCGGUCAUGCUAAAUUGUUUCAUGCUUGAUGCCUUAUGGUUGUUUUGUUUUGUUUUGUGUUGUUUAGUUUUUCUUUUUGCUCACAUAGAUGUGAAAGAACCUUGUGGAUUCUACUUACAGACCAAGAUUUCUGAACUUGGUCGUUGCCUUUGUUUCCAUCUGUGUACUCAAUAAUACUGUCAAUGACAACUUCAACACUGCAUAGCUUGUUUUGGAUUA